UGAGUUGAAGAUCUUCAAUGCCUUAUGGGCAAAGUCGGCCAAGAGUUUUUUGUAUUUCAUCAAAUACAUUGCAAACGCCUUGCAAGCUGGGAUUGGUUGGUGAUUAUGUAGGGGAUUAAAUGAGCUACAAAACUAUGAACACAUUGUAAUUAAAUCGAUUCAUUUAACUGCUAUGGCAAAUAUAUGCAAAUGUACGAUAUAUGCAAAUGUACGAACAUAAUUGUCGACAUCAUAAAUCAUUAAAAGAAUAAUUGCAUAUGAUGUUUGGAUUAGAACACAAAAGGCAGAACGUAAAACAAAAUAAUGAACAUCCUGUUGUUUGUUCGAAAUAUAUAUAAUAAGUCUAUAAUGGGCCACUGCGUACCAUCAAACACCCUAAACAGCUUCGCUUAAUACAUUAAUUGAGUCGUUAACGAGUAGAGCGAAGAAUUUUUAUUAGCGUUCGACGUUGGACUGAAAUAUAUCGGAAUAUAAGACGGUCACCGGGACAGGCAAGUUUAAAGCGAUCCAUAAAAUGAUGCGACAUUGAUCGAUAUAAUAACUAUCUGGAUCUAUCUCAAGUCCGUCUGGGUGUUACAUGAAUCGCUGCGCAAACUUCAUCUACUCUCUUUUGCCACCGAUGGUGUAGGGUAUAAAAAUAUUUGAUCAAUCACGUUGGUCAGCGGACGCAUGAAUUAAGUGUACUGUUGUUUUUACGAAACAAUAAGCUUUCGAGCACGAGUACGGGUACAUCACACAUGAAGUGUUUUAUUAAUUCAACGAUUUUUCCUAAAAUCGAAUUAUGAAUUAGUAAACAUUUGAACUGGCACAGAAAAUGCUGCCGUUUUUCAGUUUGUUUUCGAAAUGUUUCUUAAUGAUUUGUGUUUAAGGAUCUCAUUAUGGCCGUUGCUUGCCUAUUUGGCGAAUAUUAAAGGACUUUGUCCGGAUUAUACAGCAACACAAACUACUGCUACUAUCACUACGUUAAGUACAAGUUCGACGACAACAUCCUCGACUCCGACGAAUCAAUCAGCGAAUACACAAACGAGCAGCUUAGCCGUGAGCACAACAGCUAGACCGAGCACUGAGCUAAAUUUCAACAAUACAGGAUCAACUAUAAUUCAAUCAACGACAACUACUUUGUCACCAUGUCCAGCAUAUCCUUUGAUGUGUUUAACCGAUGGUAAAAGUCCUAUAUCAUAUUGUCCUUGCAUAGAUCCCCGUCAACAGAAAAAUCGGUUAAAACAGCAUCCCGACAUAAUGAUAUUCUCACCUUUGGAUAAUGCGAAAUUUGCAAGAAUUCGUACGAAACGCAGCACACAAGUGAAAGCACAAAGUCAAGCUUGCACUGGAAGUGAUUUGCAUUUGAGCAAAUGUACACCAAUCACGGAAUGUUCUGAUCUAAUAGAAGAGUUCUACAAUGAACUUAAAAAAUCGCCUCAAGCAAUCGAUUUUAACACGUUCAUUGGCCAAAGGAUAUGCGAUUUUGAUGGUAAACAUUUUUUGAUUUGUUGCAGCAAACGAUUGAAUCAAAAGGCCGUUGGAACUAUACCCGUGCAAUUUCAAUCAAUGCAUGCAUUUGAAAGUUCCGUUAUAGCAUCGGAAUCGCACACGAAUUUCUUGCAUGCGCUCGAACCAUCGCGGUAUCCUCAUCUGCCAAGUAUUUUACAAUUUGCUCCUCUGUCCGAUGUUGAUGAUAGAAACAAUGGCUCACCCCCCGUUCCUCCACCAAAUGCUGCUAAUAAUGUUCUCACAGAAUCGAUUAGAUUUCAGCCGCUUAAAAUAAUUGAAACAGGAACCUUGCUCACUAUCACUCAGCCAUUUCUAGAGCAAGGUGUUACCGAGUUUAAAGACAAUUGUGGUAUUAGUAGCGGUUUAAUUAAUCGAGUGGUGGGCGGAGCAGUAGCCAAACAAGGCACUUAUCCGUGGAUAGCUGCUUUAGGCUAUCGGGAUAUGAAUGGCGGUGGUGGGGAAAUAUUGAAGUUUUUAUGUGCCGGAAGCUUAAUUACUCUUAAAUAUAUUGUCACUUCAGCGCAUUGCAUAAACCCGAAUCUUACUAUAGCUCGCCUGGGGGCGCAUGACUUGAUGAAAGUCUUUGAAAGCACAGCAAGAGAUUAUCAUAUAAAGACUAUGAAAAUUCACGAUAAUUUUGAUCUUGUUACUAUAGCAAACGACGUAGCUGUAAUAGAACUAACAACCGAAGCGCACCUAAGCGAUUUUAUUGCUAUUAUAUGUUUACCUGAGGGCAAUCAUUUUCUUACCCAUAACUUCGUGGGUCUACGUCCAUUCUUGGCGGGCUGGGGCGCAAGUAAACAUCACGGGAAAACUUCAUUUGUCUUGACGGAUGUUCAAGUUCCAAUUGUGAGUCGCGAACGUUGUAAACAGAAAUACAAAUCCGAAUUUAAUUUUCUUGAGUUUACCGAAAAAUUGUUAUGUGCCGGCAGUGUAAAUGCGGAUGCCUGUCAAGGCGAUUCCGGCAGUCCACUAAUGUUACCACAGGUAUGUUUUGAUUCAAUUAUUUCCUGUAACGAACUGCAAUUAUCGAAUCAGGGCGAAUGGAAAUGCGGUAUAACCCGACCGCCUCAAUCGCGUAUCGUAGAUGGUCGCGAAACGUUUUUGGGUAAGUUUUCCCUGAAGGAGUUGUGA